UCACUCGUCUCUGUUUCUCUUCAUUUCUCCCCAUUUCUUCUCGUUUCUUUGCUAACCCAGCAGUUCUCCUUUUCACCCAGCACAGCUUUCCUCUUCACCUAGGUUCUUUGAUUUUCAACCUUCUUCCUUCUUUCCCCUCUUUCUUCUUUUCCUCUCCUCCCCUCUUCUUCCUUCUCUUCCUCCCUCCUAGUUGCAGAACCCAGAUGCAAGAACCCAAAUCGUGUUUUGCUAGGUUCUUGCAGAAAGAACCCAGAUCCGGUUGCAACAGAACCCAGAUGCAAGAACCCAGAUCGGGUUUUGUUGAAGGGCCAAGGUGGCAAAAGAGGAAGGGAAGGAGCAGGAACUUGCGCCGUUGGGUGUCUUCAGAGUUAACAGAUUAACUAACAGAGUGAGAGUGUGCAACGGAGGGUGAGGAAUUGCGAACCAAAAAGUCUGCUAUGAGGAGAAAUUGCAGUGAACCAGAAAAUAGAGAAUAUGUAGAGACAAUAAGACACUAACUGCGGAUUCUCUCUUUGAGUUAGCCAGUAAUAGUUGGGAAUUUUCAUCCAUAAGGUAAAUCUGAUUGCUAUGUCGUUUCUUUUGAUUGUUGUCUUUGCAGGAGGAGGUUCCAGAAGAGUCAAAGGAAGAAAGCACGGAUCCCAACUCUAGCAGGUGCAAUGACUCAUCAUUCCAAGCAAGAAUUUAGUCCUGAAGCACAGAGUCUUGAAGAAGGUGAGAACAGCGGUGAGUUUGAGGACGAUAAUGAAUAUAACGAAUACACCGAUGCUAAUAUCUACUAUGAAAAUUGGGAUGAAGAAGAUGGUCUAUCAGAACAAUUAUGAUUAUGACGAAUACUGAUGCCUUAGACUUUUCUAAAUGCUUCGGUACUCGUUAAAAGUCUAUUUCUUUUACCAAAUCACAAUUAGCGUGAGGAGCUCUGAAUCUGAGUCUAAUUUUUUAUGCUACGGUUUUGUUUAUCCAUAUAUCAAUGUUGGUCAAUAACAUCAGUUUUGAAAA